UCUCAUCCCUCGCUUCUCAAGCUCUAGCUAUACAUGAAAACAACUCAGAACAAAAAUAACGUAGAUGUUGCAGUUCAAUUCCAUCAUAAAUUCUCUUUAUGAGUUCAUGAAAAUUGGUUCAAUGAAUCACCAAGUUGUUUUGAAGUCGCGAUACAAGUACUCCUUGUUAGCCAAAGAUCAUGAUCUGAAAUCUUUUGCUACUUGGAGUAUUCUAAGUAAAGGCAAGGACGUGGCAAGGUCCUUGUCAUGGUUUUGUAGUCAUAGCCAUGACUCUGGAUCACGAUUUAAGAUCAUGACUAGCCUAAUAAAGAGUUCCCUCUGUCUAUUCAUGUGUGGAAGAUGUAGGUCCCUAAGGAUAAUAAUUGAUGAUGUCAUGUAUUGCUAACAAAUACAACUAAAAAAUAUCUGUGGUUGUGUUGGUUAGAUAGCCUUUAUAUUUGUUACCUUAAAGAUGAUUCUAUAUCUAUAAUUGUUGAUUACACGCCUUUUUUCAAUAUGCAAAUAUUCUAGGUUGUACGUACAUGUAUUAUUUUAAACAAAAACUGUG